AUGUCAGAAGAUUCAGAAAAGGAAGACUAUUCAGACAGAACAAUCAGUGAUGAUGAAUCCGAUGAGGAUAACUUCAUGAAAUUUGUAAGCGAAGAUAUCCACCGGUGUGCACUUUUAACAGCUGACUCUAUUAGUGACCCAUUUUUCCCCCGAACUACCCAGAUACUGUUGGAAUAUCAACUAGGGAGAUGGGUGCCACGUCUUCGUGAACCACGAGAUUUAUAUGGUGUCUCUUCUUCUGGUCCGCUGAGCCCUACACGGUGGCCGUACCACUGUGAGGUCAUUGAUGAAAAGGUCCAGCAUAUUGAUUGGACUCCUUAUCCUGAGCCAUUGUACACCCCAACAGGCCUAGAGAUGGAACCCCUUUAUCCAAACUCCAAGGAAGAUACUGUAGUUUAUCUAGCUGAAGAUGCUUACAAGGAGCCCUGUUUUGUGUAUUCCCGAGUAGGGGGCAACCGAACACCUCUGAAGCAACCUGUGGAUAACUAUGACAAUACUUUGACGUUCGAAGCAAGGUUUGAGAGUGGAAAUCUACAGAAGGUAGUCAAAGUGGCAGAAUAUGAAUACCAGUUGACCGUGCGCCCUGACCUCUUCACAAAUAAACACACCCAGUGGUACUAUUUCCAAGUCACUAAUACCCAAGCAGGAAUAGUCUACAGAUUCACUAUAAUCAAUUUCACUAAGCCUGCUAGUCUUUACAAUCGGGGUAUGCGCCCACUCUUUUAUUCUGAAAAAGAAGCCAAGGCUCAUAAUAUUGGCUGGCAGAGAAUAGGAGAUCAAAUCAAGUAUUACAGGAACAACCAGGGACAAGAGGGGCGCCAUUAUUUCUCUCUUACAUGGACAUUUCAAUUUCCACACAACAAAGAUACCUGCUACUUUGCUCACUGCUAUCCAUAUACUUACACCAACCUGCAAGAAUAUCUUUCUACUAUCAGUCAUGACUCAGUACGGUCAAAGUUUUGUAAAAUACGCGUCUUGUGCCACACAAUUGCUAGGAACAUGGUGUAUGUUUUAACAAUCACUACUCCCUUCAAGAGCACUGACUCAAGAAAACGAAAGGCUGUGAUUUUGACUGCAAGGGUACAUCCAGGAGAAACCAACAGCUCUUGGAUCAUGAAAGGCUUCCUAGAUUAUAUUUUAGGAGACUCAAGUGAUGCGCAGUUGCUUCGGGACACUUUCAUCUUUAAGGUGGUACCCAUGCUGAAUCCAGAUGGUGUGAUUGUGGGAAAUUAUCGUUGUUCCUUAGCUGGACGAGAUUUAAACCGUAAUUAUACAUCUUUCCGGAAGGAAUCAUUUCCUUCUGUUUGGUAUACCCGGAACAUGAUCCGUAGAUUGAUGGAGAAACGAGAGGUUAUUUUAUAUUGUGACCUUCAUGGCCACAGUAGAAAAGAGAACAUCUUCAUGUAUGGUUGUGAUGGUAGUGAUAGAUGUAAAGCAUUAUACCUACAGCAACGAAUCUUCCCACUUAUGCUGAGCAAAAAUUGUCCAGACAAAUUUUCAUUCUCAGCUUGCAAGUUUAAUGUUCAGAAGAGCAAAGAGGGAACAGGAAGGGUAGUAAUGUGGAAAAUGGGAAUCAGAAACAGCUUUACCAUGGAGGCUACUUUUUGUGGAUCUACCCUGGGUAAUAAACGGGGCACUCAUUUCAACACAAAAGACUUGGAGUCAGUGGGAUACCAUUUUUGUGAUUCUCUCUUGGAUUAUUGUGAUCCAGACCGAACCAAGUAUUACCAGUGCUUGAAAGAAUUAGAAGAAAUGGAAAAACAUAUAAACUUGGAAAAAAUCCUUGAGGAUUCAGAUACUUCUCUGAAAGAAAUAACACUGGAUCUAGAGUCUAGUAGCCGAGGCUCCGACAGUUCAGAAUCCAGUGAGUCUCAGACUUAUCUUCUCAAGUUAACUUCUCAGAUAAAAAGCAAGAAAAAACACCUGAAAACAAAGAAGGAAAGAAAUUCUACCAUAGCAAGUCAUCAAAACACCAGAGAAGAGCAAGAGGCAUGUGAUAAAGGACAUUUAGCGCGAAGACACACAGAAUCAAAUUCUGAUGUGAAAGAUAUAAAGCCAAAUAUAUCAGAUGAUUGUAUAUUUGAUUAUUUCAGAAGACCAUUCCCUAAUCAAGGUUUGGAAGAGAGAAGCCCUUGAGAGUCCUCUAGCCUCACCUAUUCAUUCCAGGAUCCAGCUUCAUCCAGCCUUUGAUUCACUACACUUGGUAACAGUGAAAAUACCUGGACGAG